ACGACAAUGAGCAUGGGGCAGCGACAGCACAGCCAUUGUUGAAUCGACGACGUUAGCGACAUGCGAGUAUACUCCUUUGCCGCGGCCUUGGCGGCAGCCUCUGCAUUCAAACCCGACGAGAACAGUUGUGUGACCGUUGAACACGGUCUCGGCCUCGGUGGCCAGUACAUGCACCACAAGCAGGCCGAGUACAUCAUCGGCCAGCCGUACGAGGCGGGGUCGUAUUACCGCUACUGCUACAAAGGCAAGCUGACGUGCCACCGCGACGCCGGCAUUGCGGACAUGCCGAUGGCCAAGGCGGAGAACUGCGCCGAAGUGAUCAAGAAGCGCAAGCUCGGGUACUUUGUCGACACGGAACACACGGCGAUCUGGCCCGAACAAACACUGUGCUACGAAGUGAAGCAAGAAGACUUUUCCGACUCGGAGAAGAAGAUCAUCGACGAAGGCCUCGAAUACCUCCGCACGUCCGGGCUCAAGUUUUUCACGUUGGACGAGUGCAAGGCUGCGCCGAAUUCGUCCAAAUUGUGCGGCGGCUGCAAGGACUACGUUCUCGUGAGCAAGAAGGACCCGAAACGUUGCUCGGCACGCGUCGGGUGGGCCAAGAUCGGCGCCCAACCGCUCAACUUGGGCACGCCGUGCUUUUCGGUCGGGAAAGGCACGGUGGUUCACGAAUUCCUGCACAGCGCCGGUCUCUACCAUGAGCACACCAACCCGAAGGCCAAUAUCAUCGUCCACGACAUGCAACGCGGGGCGCAAAACUACCUGCCCAAGAAGCAAGCGCUGUACACCAAGUACGACAAGUUUUCCAUCAUGCACUAUCCUCAAAUCCGCGGCGUGUGCAUCCCCAAGAAGCGGUCGGACGACAAGCGGUGGUGCGGCCCCCACGAGUCCAAAUCCCUCGGGUGCGUUGAGCCCAAGGCGUCGGACUGCGAUCUGGAAGCGUCCAAGCCAUUUGGGCAGCGCGAAAAGAUGAGCGAGGGCGACUUUGCCACCGUCGCCAAGAUCUACGGGUGCGCUAAGACGGGCAAAGCCGCCACGAUCGAUUUCUUGCGCAAGAAGUUGGAAAAGAAGGGCACGAUCCACAACAACGCGCUCGAGAUCGGCGCCAGCAAGCGCUUUGAUGCGGCCCUCGCCAAGGUGAACAAGGCCCGCGCCGAGGCCAAGGCCCAGAAGCGCGCCGAGAAGCGCGCUGCCAAGAAGAAGGCCAAGAAGGGCGGCAAAAAGAAGGCCAAGAAAACUUCCGUUUGAUUGUGUUGCUGUGGCCGACAUCGCGACGGCGCGAAAAAAUUCUAUUUGUUGCUCCGAUAAUGGACUUAUUGAAAUCUAUCAAAAGAGAAAUAUUGGCGACUGGAUGUUUAAAAGAAAAACCUUGUCACGUUGAAGUAGCA